AUGAAUCCACGUAUUAUAGAAAAAACAACAAUAAUUAAUGAUCCACUUUCUGCAUCACAAUCUGCUAAACCAUAUAUUAUACGUAUUCCACAUAUUCAAACAAAAUCACCAUUAAAUCCUGAAAGUGGAAGAGUUGUUAUAGUUAAAACUACACCAAAUUCAACAACAAAUCAAUCUACAACAUUAUCAUCAACACCACAACAACCGACGAAAUCUUUUUCUGUUGUUAAAUUAGCCGAUGGACAAAUUGUUCUUGUUCCGACAAAUAAUCAACCACAACAAUACGUUUUUAAUAAUGAAAAUGGUAUAUCAAGAAUAAUUAAAGCACCAUCAACAAGUCCACCAAAUCCAACAGGUAUAAUAUCGACGAUAAAACGAGUUACAAAAGAGCAAAAUACACCACGAGUUAGUACAAUUCAAAUAACGAGUUUAACAUCUCCGCCAAUAAAUUUGAAAUCAUCUCAAUCACAACAACAACAUCAACAUCAACAAAUAUUAACAACAUCUCCACAAGAACGUCGUUUACGUCCAAUAGCUCCAGCACCUACAUCUUUAUCAUCACCAACAGCAAAUGAUUUAAUAAAUUCACUUUUAGCACAACAACAAGAACAACAACUUAAUGCUGCAUCAGCUGAAACAUUAUUACGUUUUGAUCCAACAGCAAGUGUUUUAUUAGCUGGUGAAGAUGAUUCAUUACCAAUCAUAUCCGAAACAGUUACACUUGAUAGUAAUGGUUCAUCAUUGAAAAUAAAUAAUAAACGUAAAAUUGAUUCUUCAUUACCUAUUCAACAUCAAACAUCUUUACCUGUUGUAUCAUCUCCAUCCAUACAACAACAGCAACAACAGCUACAACAAAAACCAAAAGCUAUCCGUAAAACAACAACAACAAUUGAUGAAAAAUCUACGACAAAAGCUAGAUUAGAAAAUAAAGCGACAUCAAUUAUAAAAGAUUCACGAAAAAAAAUGACUCCAAGACAAGUUUCAAUACCACAAGCAUCAACAUCUGAAGUUAAAAUUCAAAAAACACCUAUUAAACGACCAGCUACUACAGCAUUACCACCAAAAAUUGAUCCUGAAGAAGGCAUUAGAAUGAAAAUUUGUGAAACUAUUCUUCGUUCACUUAUCGGCCGAAUCGAACGUGAACAAAAUCAAGAAUCAAUUAAAACACGUUUAGAAAAACAUAGCACAACUAUUCCAAAAUCUGAACAUCGUCAAAUUAUAUUAACACGUUUAUUAAAUGAACGUGUUGAUAUACUUCGACAAGAUUUUAUUAAAACUCGUUCCGAUCGUAAAACAGCUUUAGUUAAAGAACAAUUUCAAAUACAACGUUUAAAACAACAACAACAAAUUAUACUUAAACAACAACAACAAGCAAUAAAUAUUAAACAAGAACAAUCAAUAUCCGAGGAUGAAACGAAUAAAGAUUCAUCACCACCAGCUAAAAAAGCAAAAAAAAAUAAUGGAAAUGAAAUUAAACAUAAACGACAAGGAACACCGAAAUCAUCAGAAUUGACUAUUAAAAGCACAAUAUCAAAACGUACUCGUCCAAUGUCAUCAAUGAAAUCAUCCGAAGAUGAUCAAAGUCCCCUAUUAAAAAAAGUUCGUCGUUCACGUACUAAUCUCAAUGAUCAUCAUGAUAUAUCCGAUAAUGAUGAAAAUCUUAUAACUAAUCGUAAAUCAUCAUUAAAUUCAUCGAAAAUUAAACCGAAAUUAAUAACAACAUUUCAUAAUUCAAUACAACGAAAAGGCAAUAAAUUAUCAUCAGAUUUUAAACCAGAAAAUCUUGAUUGUAGUUGUAAAAGAAAUAAUGAUGUACAAGAUAAAUUUUAUAUUCAAUGUGAAUUAUGUUCACGUUGGUUACAUGGCAAAUGUGUUGGUUUAACAGCACGUCUUGCAGAAAAAAUGAAUGACUUUAUAUGUGAAGAUUGUGCAAUAUUAACACAACGAGCUAAAGAACGUCUAUAUUGUAUUUGUCAAACACCAUAUGAUGAAUCAAAAUUUUAUAUUGGUUGUGAUGUUUGUGCGGAUUGGUUACAUGGUUCUUGUGUUAAUAUAACAUCGGAAGAUGCCGAAAAAUUUGAAGUAUAUGUUUGUCCAAGAUGUUCAACAGAGAAAAAACAAGAAUUUUUAAAUAAACCAAUAAUAGGUGAAACAAGAAAAAAAUUAUUAAAUCUUAUCGAUCAACUUUUGGCACAUAAAAUGUCAUGGCCAUUUCAAAAACCAGUUGAUGUUAAAGAUGUACCGAACUAUUAUAAGAUUAUAAAAGAUCCAAUGGAUUUAACCACAUUAAAAACAAAAGUUUUAAGUAAUAAAUUUAAGACAAUAUGUGAUUUCAUUCGUGAUGUUAAUAAAAUCUUUAAUAAUUGUCGACAAUUUAAUGCAAUUGAUUCAACAUUUUCUCAAUGUGCUAACGUUGUUGAUAAUUAUUUUCGUCAAUUACUUGAAAAUUUAAUGGUUAAAGAACAAAAUUAA